AUGCGUAUAACCGAUGAUGCGACCAAAUUUUACCACAUCUUGAGUAUCUUAGACAGGCAGUAUGCAGCCGAAGUUGAAGACAUUCUUACCAGCCCACCUGACUACAAUCGACUCAAAGAUGAGCUCAUCAAGAGACUGUCAGUGUCGCGGGAGAAUAAGGUUAAGCAGUUGCUCAUGCACGAACAGCUCGGAAGCCGCAAGCCUUCGCAAUUCCUACGGCACCUGCAACAUCUCGCUGGCCCCGGAAUACCCGAGGACUUCGUCAAAACAAUUUGGACAAGCCGUCUACCCACUGGAUUGCAGCCAAUCAUCGCUUCGCAGCCAUCGUUGUCUCUCGACGCACUGGCGGAACUUGCCGACCGGGUCAAUGACAUCGCGACCCCGGUACCGCAGGUAGCAAGCGCUACCACGUCUACACAUAUCGACGAGUUGACACGACAGGUAGCAGAGUUGACAAAACAAGUACUUACAUUUACAUUUUCCAUAUCAAAUCAGGAUGGUUCGGACGAAGAUAUAGAGAUACGAAUUAGGAAAGCCAGGGGUGCUUUCGCGCAGUUGAAACCAGUCUGGGAGUCAAGUGUCAUGACUCGUCGGAUCAAGCUGACCCUGUUCGACUCCAUUGUCAAGAGUGUUCUCCUGUUCGGAUGUUCGAUUGACUUCGAAAAUUGUUGCAGUGUCAGAUCAUCAGAAUAUCCGCCCGGGGCGUAA